UAAUAAUGGUGUUUCAGCAGCAGCGGCAGCAUCGUCAUCUCUCGAUAAGUACCUUCCCAUAAUGCCUUGCGUCAGGGUUCGCUGGCGCUGUCUGUGGUGCUGAAGCUGCACCCGCCGUCGGCAAAAGACACAGCAGAGGAAAUCUGAGCCUGCGUCCAGCAUCAUCACCUCCAUGUAUAGGCGUUACUCGAUAUCAUAAACCUCGAUGUCUAUAAUUAACCUCGUGUUAAUGUGUCGUAACGAUAGCGGUUUAUUUAUUUAGGCUAAUCGUACAAGGCGAGUCGUUGGUGUUUUGUUUAUUUUCCGCUCGGAAGGUCCUAUAUCUAUUAUUUUUCGGCUCGCAUCCUUUAUGCACAGCACGCUGCUCCAGCCUUUCAAGACAACACAGACAUCCGUGUCGAAACAGCAUGGCUUCCAGCAGUCGUGCUUACUGAGCGAGAUGGAUGCGAGCAAGCACUCGAUCAAAAGCCUGAAGAGCUAUCCCGAGGCUGGGGGCCGGAGUCUAGCCGCGGCGGCGGGCGGGGACGGCGGAGGUGGAGGGUACCGAGUCGGCGGCGCGGAGAUGGAUAUGGAGGCGAAAAUACAGAAAGCGAUCGACUUCAAACUGGAGGGUCACCGCUGCUACAAGGAAAAGAAAUUCCGGGAAGCUAUUGGGAAGUAUCACAGGGCACUGCUGCAAUUGAAAGGGGUCCAUGUCGUCGACGGGACCACUGGAUCCGAGGUGAACCUCCUGAAUCAGGCGGCGGCUAAGCUGACAGAGGAGCAGCGGCAAACCGUGGAGAGCACCGAGAUUGAAUGCUACGACAGCCUGACAGCAUGCUUGCUGCAGUCGGAACUGGUGAAUUAUGAGCGAGUUAAGGAAUACUGUUUGAAGGUACUGGGACACCAGCAGGAUCACUUUAAGGCCAUGUACCGUGCUGGGAUUGCCUUCUACCACUUGGGAGAUUACGAGUGUGCCCUGCGUUACCUACGCGACGCUAAGUGCCGUGAACCCACAGACACAAACGUACUGCGAUACAUCCAACUGACAGAGAUGAAGAUGAGUAAGACCGGUCAGCAGGUGCGUGAGAGCGGGAAAGAGUCGCUGGGUUAACUCCGACCGCACCCUGCACCGCCCCCUUAUGCCACGCCCAAACCCUGAUAGAAAAGCUCUUUUUCUGAGUCUCUCCCCUUUUCCCAAAAUGCCCAUCAUUUUUUGGACAACCAGGAUAUACGUGUACUGUGUCCCCUCUAAAAAGAAGACUUGAAACGGGCACAGCUACAGCACAGAACCCCAUAACUGUCUUUUCUCGCUUUGAGGUAUCUCGUCCCUUUAAAUCCAACUUCCCCGGUGCUUUUAAUUUCCCAGGUAUCGCGAAUCUGACUGACGAACAAUUAUGAAAAAAGAUAGAAAUGCUGUAUAAUAAUUAAACAAACAAUGGGGGCCUGACAUAACCGUUUAAAAUUACAUCAUCAUGUAAGGAUAUCAAAUAAUGUGCAUAAUGUAUUUUAUAGAAUGCAAAAUGGGUAAUGCAGGAAGGUUGUGGUACUGUGUGUCUUAUAGGUAGAGAAAGCACAUAUAUCAAAGCCACAUUGCAAGUGCAGAUGUUAAAGGUCAAUAAAUAGGCUAGUGACCAUUGAACUCACUUUGAUCCAUUAAGAGACACUUCUCUCUGCUCAAUACAGAAGAGAUGGAGGGAGGUCAAAGUUUCAGAUCUCAAUUCACAUCCACCUACAAUGCCUGUUAUUUUCUGCUUCCUUCUUUUUCUCGUUCUUGCAUUUGGGCAUAUCUCAAUCAAUUUUGAACUGUUUCAAUUUAAGGGCUAAUUCAAAUGUUUGUAAUUUGUCCUGUAAUAUUUUGAUUCCUUUUCGGUUUGCUAUUUGUUGAAUGGUAUUAUAGUGGUUUACGCGAGUUGUCAUCGUUCCCAUUCUCAAAGGAACAAAAUCCUCUGUACUAGUGUUAGCGAGUGUUUUGUGAAAUAUGUUGUCCAUUUUCCUUGACAUAUGUUGUAAAGUUGAAGUCUCAUAGCCCCUCCCCC